AGCUGGGUUAGAUAUUUGAAGCACUAGCAGUUGGAGUGUGUUGUGGUAGCUGCUUUCCUGUGCUAAACUGAUUUACUUGUUUAAGGUCUGACCUCAUCAUCCUGUCAGUCCGGGUUCCCAUCUACACUGUUAACUGCAGCUUUUUGCUUCAGCUAGAAAGCUAGAAAUAUUCAGUGUACACAGCAGGGGGGGAGGGGAGAAACAGGAAGAAAGAUUGGUUUCUCCGCGUUUUUGCUUUUGUUAUUUCUACAGAAGAGGCAAAGAAACAAGAGAUAACAAAGGCUCCGUUUCCUUUCUGUUGGAAAAGGCUUUUGUCUUUUCUCCUGCGAAUACAAUGUCAGUGUCUGGCAAGAAAGAGUUUGAUGUGAAGCAGAUUCUAAGGCUACACUGGAGGUGGUUCAGUCAUCUUUCUCAAGGUUCCCUUAACAGUGGAAGCUGCCUUCAGCAGGAAGGAUAUGAACGGAGAGGGACCUCGGUUCAGGGCAGGUUGAAGAGCCACUCUCAGGACAGAAACAGACUAAAGAAAGGCAACAGUUCCGUCCACAACAAUAUACUGGCACCAGUGACAGGACCGGGUCCUGUCCAUCAAACAACUCUUCAGAAUUGGCAAGAACAAAACUUGAUAGAACAUCUUCAAGUAAAUGAAGAUACUCCUAAAGCAGUGCCACAGGAGAAUUUUUUCAAAGAAGCUUUUGAGAAACGCUUGCAAAAUUUGGAGAUCAUGGCAGAUGACAAAAAAGAGGAUUCUAGAGCACGAUUAUAUACACAACAUCUUGAUGAAAUGAAUACUCCCAGGUCUGAGGAACACUUCCAUGCUAUAAAUCAUGCAGAGCAAACUCUCCAUAAAAUGGAGAAGUACUUGAAAGAGAAACAACUGUGUGAUGUGUUGCUCAUUGCUGGACAUCUUCGAAUUCCAGCUCACCGGUUGGUUCUCAGUGCAGUGUCUGAGUACUUUGCUGCAAUGUUUACUAAUGAUGUGCUGGAAGCCAACCAAGAGGAGGUCAGGAUGGAAGGGAUAGAUCCAAAUGCACUUAAUUCAUUGGUGCAGUAUGCUUACACAGGUGCUCUGCAAUUGAAAGAAGAUACUAUUGAAAGUUUACUGGCUGCAGCUUGUCUUCUGCAGCUGACACAAGUCAUUGAAGCCUGCUCCAGUUUCCUCAUAAAGCAGCUCCAUCCUUCAAACUGCUUAGGAAUCCGAUCAUUUGGAGAUGCCCAGGGGUGUACAGAGCUCUUGAAUAUAGCACAUAAAUACACUAUGGAACAUUUCAUUGAGGUUAUAAAGAACCAAGAAUUUCUCCAGCUUCCAGCUAAUGAAAUUUCAGAGCUUCUGUGCAGUGAUGACAUUAAUGUGCCUGAUGAAGAAACCAUUUUCUAUGCUUUAAUGCAGUGGGUGAGCCAUGAUGCUCAGGCUAGACAAGGAGACCUGGCAAUACUGCUUUCAUACAUCAGACUGCCAUUACUCCCACCACAGCUACUGGCAGAUCUUGAAAAUAGUUCCAUGUUUACUGGUGAUCUUGAGUGUCAGAAGCUCCUAAUGGAAGCUAUGAAAUAUCAUCUCUUACCUGAGAGAAGACCCAUGAUGCAAAGCCCUCGAACAAAGCCCAGAAAAUCAACUGUAGGGGCACUUUAUGCUGUGGGAGGCAUGGAUGCUCUGAAAGGUACCACUACAAUUGAAAAAUAUGACCUCAGGACCAAUAGUUGGCUGGAUAUAGGCACCAUGAAUGGCCGUAGGCUUCAGUUUGGAGUUGCAGUUAUUGAUAAUAAGCUUUAUAUUGUGGGAGGAAGAGAUGGUUUAAAAACUUUGAAUACUGUAGAAUGCUUUAACCCAGUGGAAAAAAUCUGGAUGGUGAUGCCUCCCAUGUCAACACAUAGACAUGGGUUAGGUGUAGUCACACUAGAAGGACCCAUGUAUGCUGUAGGUGGUCAUGAUGGUUGGAGCUAUCUAAAUACUGUGGAAAGAUGGGACCCUGAGGGACACCAAUGGAAUUAUGUGGCCAGUAUGUCAAUUCCUAGAAGUACAGUUGGUGUUGUAGCAUUAAACAACAAGAUAUAUGCUAUUGGUGGACGUGAUGGAAGCUCCUGCCUCAAAUCAAUGGAAUACUUUGACCCGCACACUAACAAGUGGAAUCUAUGUGCUGCAAUGUCCAGAAGACGUGGAGGUGUGGGUGUUGCAACAUACAAUGGAUUCUUAUAUGUUGUAGGGGGUCAUGAUGCCCCUGCUUCUAAUCAUUGCUCUAGGCUUUCUGACUGUGUGGAACGAUAUGAUCCAAAAAAUGAUUCAUGGUCAACUAUGGCACCCCUGAGUGUUCCUCGAGAUGCUGUUGCUGUGUGUUCCCUUGGAGACAAACUCUAUGUGGUUGGAGGAUAUGAUGGACACACUUAUUUGAACACUGUUGAGUCAUAUGAUGCUCAGAAAAAUGAAUGGAAUGAGGAAGUUCCUGUUAACAUUGGAAGAGCUGGUGCGUGUGUUGUGGUGGUGAAGCGGCCUUAAAAUUAUCUUUGUCAAGUACAAUGAAACUGGUUAACUUCAAGAAAGAGAGAAGGAAGAAGGGCAAAAGAAGAAAUAUGCUUUCAUUCAGUAAUUAAUUACCAAAAUUGAAAAUUGUUUCAUUUUAAUAUGAUUUGGAAUUGUUUUAAUUUGUAAACCCUAAACAAGAUUUUCAACAUGAAAUGCAUAGGAAAGCUAAUUUUAUGUGCUGUCCCAGUUGAUAAUAUAAAGGGAAAUCUAGUUAGGUAGGUUUAGCUUUGUUACUACAAAUGUUAAAAUAGUUAAUAAAAUUAAUAGUGAUGAAAAUGUAAGAUUUAUAAAAGCAUUAGUAAUUUCUGAUAAGACCAUUAAAAGUUAAUUUUUUCCUCUUUGCCAAUUGCAACUGUUAGGUAAAUUUAUAUAACGCUCACCAAUCUGAAAAUUGUUUGACAUUGUUUAUUCUCAGGAUAUGAAAGUAUGACAGAACUGUUCAAAUCAAUACACUGGAUUCCAAUCAACUUGGGGAUAUAUCAAAGCUCUGUCACUUACGAGUGGUAUAAUCUUUUUAAUUGAAAAAUGCUACACUAUUGCCUGGAAUAUAAUUUAGUAUAAAAAGAUAAUGUCUGUCUUAAAUGCAAAGUCUGAUUGUCAGUGAGAUACCAUUUUUAUUCAAAUAAUAUGCCCCAAAACUAAAUAAUCCCUCACACUUACCAACAUGAAAGGAUUUACAAUUUCAUGGCUGAAAAACUGGUUCAUUGUCAUAAUUUGAUAUGCUGAUUAUAGUAUAUCAAACUUUCACAAACUUACUUUUCUACCUGAGAACACAUAUAAAUUUUAUAUAUCUUAACAUAUUGUUGCCAGUGAAAUAGUUGCCCUUGAAAUAUUAUUGUGAUGUUAGUUACACAAUUUUCUUUUGGUACUGGGGAUCGAACUGGUGUCAUUGUGCUUGCAAGGCAGGCAGCAGAAACACUGAGUUAAAUACCCGGCCCUAGUUACACAAUUUUUACAGUAACGGUGAAUAUUUAUGAUUGAUACAAAUUCUGACCUCAGUUUCAGAUAGUCAUGGGCACAUUUGAAUACAGUAAUAUUCUCAAGUACUUAUGUAAACUCUGUAAACACAUACUAUUAAGUUAAUCAACUUUUUAAAAAUGUGUAAGUGAAUUAAAAUUCAGAAGAUGUUAUAUAAUAUUAACAUAUAGAAACACCAGAAUCUUUAGUAUGCAUGUACAAUUCUAGAGUUAACUUUUAUUUACCAAAAUAUGCUUUUAUGUUAGUGAUAUAUGUAUCUGGAGGAAAAUGU